AUGGUGGAUAUCCAGGAGCAGGAUAACUGGAUCAGUUAUCUGAGCGAAUGCAAGCAGCUGAGUGAGAACGAUAUCAAGCGCCUGUGCGAGAAGGCGCGCGAUGUCCUUCUGGAGGAAUCGAACGUGCAGCCAGUGCGCUGCCCCGUGACGGUCUGUGGUGACAUCCACGGCCAAUUCCACGAUCUCUCUGAGCUGUUCCGCAUCGGUGGCAACUCGCCGGAUACCAACUACCUUUUUAUGGGCGACUAUGUCGACCGCGGCUACUACUCGGUGGAAACCGUGACGCUCCUCGUUGCGCUCAAGGUGCGCCACCCCGACCGCGUCACGAUUCUGCGUGGUAACCACGAGUCGCGCCAGAUCACGCAAGUGUACGGCUUCUACGACGAGUGCCUGCGCAAAUACGGCAACGCCAACGUGUGGAAGUACUUCACGGACCUCUUUGACUACCUCCCGCUCACGGCGCUGAUCGACGACCAGAUCUUUUGCUUGCACGGUGGUCUGUCGCCGUCCAUUGAUACGCUCGACCAGAUCCGCUCGAUCGACCGCGUGCAGGAAGUGCCGCACGAGGGUCCGAUGUGCGAUCUCCUUUGGUCCGACCCCGACGACCGCUGCGGAUGGGGCAUCUCGCCUCGUGGUGCAGGCUACACCUUCGGCCAGGACAUCAGCGAGGCCUUUAACCACAACAACGGCCUGACGCUAAUCGCGAGGGCGCACCAGCUCGUCAUGGACGGCUUCAACUGGUCGCAGGAGCGCAACGUUGUUACGAUCUUCUCGGCGCCGAACUACUGCUACCGCUGCGGUAACCAGGCGGCGAUCAUGGAGAUCGACGAAAACCUGAAGUACACCUUCCUGCAGUUCGACCCGGCGCCCCGUACCGGCGAACCGCUCGUCUCGCGCCGCGUGCCCGACUACUUUUUGUAA